CAGAUAGUGUCAACAACAGAUGCUGCCUUUGAAUUCAUGCAGAAAUCCUUGCUACACAUCCAGGCAGGGUGUCUUGGAGCAGACAUUGCCACUCUGACCCGGGAAGCACUGCAGUACCUUAUAGAUGAGGAGUUAGUUGUGCAGACCAGGGCAACUGAUAAUGAAACCCCUGAAGAGAAAUGUUUUCUGCAGGUUACUCCUUUAGGAAAUGCCACUUUUAAAGGUUAAGAGCUGAGAACAAAGAGCCUAUGUCAUUGCUUAUUACAAAUUUUGAUUGUUAUAUAACACAGGUCCCCCAAAAUUGUUUGAGUCUUGAAAUUGUUUUAUAGAGGCAAAGUGACCUAUGACCCUGAUCCAUUACAAAUGGCGUUUUUAAUAAGGAAAACACACUAUAUUUUUUCAGUACAAUAUAUUUCAAUAUAAUUUCAACUUACAUCAUAUUUAAUGUGAUGACUGAAAUUGUAAUUAACAGGCUUCAAAACUCAGAUUGAUUUUUCUGUGAUGUUUGUUAACCUCACCUCAUCACCAGAUUUAAUUAUUUUUCCAAAUUUUUUCAAAUGAAGUAGUGUUAAAAAUCCACUCUCCCCGAUAUGUAUGGAAGGCAAUGGCUUGAUUAUUAUUAUUAUAUUCAAACUUUAAGAGACUGAUUGCUAUAAAAUUAGUUAUUAUUUUUGUACCCAGUAAAAGAAAUCAUUGCAUCAAUGGCAUUUAUUUUCAACCUCAGGAUCUAUCGACCACAUCUACAGUGGGCAGCUCUACAAAGACUUGAACAAAGCCAAGGAGUCACUCAAUCUGUCAACUUACUUGCAUUUGUUGUAUCUUGUCACCCCCUAUGACAUGUCUGGCUCAGUGGUGCCAGACUGGAAAGUAUACUUUGAUCAGGUAAUAAGAAAAGUGAGAUGAUAUGGAAUAAAUAUAUUCAAAUCUAUCCACAAAUAGAGUUAUAAAUUAUUAUCAUAAUUAUUCAAAAUAGAAUUCUAACAAAAUAGUUGUUUUAUCCUCUUCUAAACACCCCCCCCCCCCCCCCCCCCAACUUCAACCAUGUUACAUUUUGGUGAUUCUGUAAAUGCACAUAAUAUGAAGUCCUUGUUCACAAAUUCCAAAGAUUUGAUUUGUCCUGCAUCUGUAAUGAAAUAUACAUUUUUAAUGAUAGAUUAAUCAAAUUAAAUUUUUUCAAUUUGUCAUAAUUGUAGAAGAUUCCCCCAUGCUCAAAAGUCCACAGUACACAUUUUACCUUAAAUUUGUUGUUUUCUAAAUUUUAAAAGUAUUUUCUUCCAUAAUUUGCUAUGAAUUUUAUCAAAAUGUUCAAAGAAUGUAGUGCAUGUUUUAGAAUAAAAACCAUUGUAAAAAUAAGGCAUAAUGCACAAGGGACAUUAAUAGAAGAUAAUAAUUCCAAAACUAAAAUGCUAGAAACCAUAAAAUGUUUGAAAAAGAAACUAUUUGGACUUUCUAACAAAACCUAUUUAUAUUUUUUUUUGUCUCAUGUAAGAAAAUUUUAAGAUUCUUUGUUCUACAAAUAAAAAAAUUAAAAAAAUUUUAAUUAUUAUUUUUUUGCGGGGGAAUUGCAGUUGAGCAUAACAUGUCUAACUACAUAUGACCUAUUUUUGCAUCUAGUAUUGCAAAUUGAAAGAUAUUGAACUGAAAACUGCUGGGGCCAUAGGAGUGCAAGAGAACUACCUCGGCUUGAGAGCCGCUGGGCACAAACCUAGAGCAGUGAGUCUUUUUUAAUCUUUUUAAAUGGAAAGCAAAUUCUUUAACAGUAUAUACUUUCACUUGAAUAAGGUCUAAAAAUUUAAUGUAAGGUUUAAGUUUAAGUUCUACAUUUAUAUUUUAAGUAUAUAUAUACACAAUUUUCUUUUACAUUAAGUGCAAUGGUACUGAAAUAGACUUAGUGUUAAAUAUUUUUUGUGUGGUUUAUUUUAAUAAUAAUGUGACAAAAAUCAUGUAGAAGUUUAAAGAGGAAGUAUCUUCUCUUUAUAACGCUAGCAAUCAAUAUAAAGCUUUGUUGCACAAAUCUUUUUAUAUUAAAACUAUAAACUUCUAAUCUGUAACAGAACUGUCUGUAUUUUUUUUCUAUUUUGCUCUAGAAAGUCUGUGAGCUGACCAUCCAGCGAUUCUAUCUGUCAUUGAUGCUGUGGGACCUCUGGAAUCAGAAAUCUGUAUGGGAGGUGGCAAACAGGUUUUCUCAGACACGUGGUUUUGUUCAGAAUCUUCUCACCCAAGCUGCAUCUUUCGCUUCAUGCAUUUUUCAUUUCUGUAAGGUAUAAGAUAAAGAUUUAUGACUAUAUACUGGAAAAAUAUCAAUUUAAGUGUGAAGUGACAUUGUUUUUUUAAUGUAAAUUUAUUUUUACUGUUGGAUUGUAUUUACAUAUUUGAAACUUCAUUAAAAUAACUAAUAAAGCAUGUGUUGGGGGUGGGAGGCUGGACCAGUGUUUGGGUGCUGAGCCCUGAGGCCAGUCUUGAUUACCAGAUAUGCUACUUGUAUAAAACAAUAAAUGAGUAUUAAAAAAAAAAAUUUCUAUUGUCCAGGAGUUAGAAGAGUUCUGGGCCUACCAACAACUGCUUGAACAUUUUAUUAAAAAAUUAACCUACUGUGUGAGCAUAGAGUUAUUGCCACUCAUGGAAAUCCCAGGCGUUAAACUGGUAGGCUGCUAAUUGUUUUUUUUAAAUAGUGUUUUUGUGUUAUAGGCCAGAUAUUUGCUUACACUACAUUUUUCAGUAUGAUAUUGAAACAUGUGUCAUCUUGUGUCCCCCAUAUACCUAACGUAUGAUUCAGCUCCUUACCAAAUUUUAUAUUUUUAGAAAUAGUUUUUUUAUGGUCUGAAAUUAAAAAAUGCAAAGGGGAUAAAAAAAAUAUAUUUAAAGUUUAAUUGCAUGUAAAUGUUAGAGAUAUUAUGGAAAAUGAUAAAAUUAGGUAUAAUCUUCAUCAUUGUAUUUUAAAAAAUUAAAUAUGCUUAAUUAACUUAAUUUACAAUAAUUUGUUCCUUCAGUUAUAAGAUUAUCAAAGUUUGUGUGUUAAAAGUAAACAUUUGGGUUACAGAAGCAUUAUGCACUGAUAGUGAUACCAACUGCCUAUUGCCUCUGUGUCAAUCUUCCCAUUGCUGAUGGUAGUCAUUUGACACAUCUUUGUUCAACAGGCAAGAGCAAAAAUGUUGCACGCAGCUGGGUACAAGAGUAUCUCAGUCCUUGCGUCUGCUGAAGUCAACAACCUUGUCCAAAGCGUGGAGCAUCUGUCCAAGCGUACAGCUCAGCAAAUCAUUGCAGCAGCCAAGGUAAUUCAUUUUUAA